CUGUUGUACGUCAUCAAUCCGCGCCGCCUCUUUCCUCACAGAAGUAUCGUAAUGUGAUGGGACUUUUUCUUUAUUUUCUUAUAGUUCUUUGAGGAAAUUAGCAAAUCUUUAACUAGAUGGCUGCGGCUGUUUUUCGGUAUGUCGGUAGGACAUUAGUCCGACAGACAGCUCCGGUGGGGGUUGUCUCGACAGAAAAUGGUGGCGUUCACACUCCGUGGUUUACUGCGGUGAUGGCACUAAGGACGUCUGCUCCUCUCAGUGCGGAGCCCAAGAAGAAGAAGAAAGUGGACCCCAGAAGAGAGGUGAUGAUCAGGGAGAGGCUGAAGAAGAAACUGAAGAAGUUGGAGAGGGUUCCACCGGAGUUCAUCCCCAUCGAGGACUUUGUCACUCCAGUUAAAUGUUUGGAUCAGACCAGGGCCCGGGCUGCUCCGAGGUUGUCUUUCGAGGAAAGCGAAAGCCGAGCUCUGCUGCUGAAGGAGUGGUGUCGAUACAAACACGAGCAGCAUUUGGCUGAAAUGCAAGCCAUCGAACUUGCCCUGGAAGCCCAGGCGGAGGCGCUGGAUGAGCUCAAAGCUGAAUCUGAGGAGCUCUACCAGGCGGCGUUGAAGCCAGAUCCCCACCUGUUCCCUUUCUCCCACGAGGGCCCCGCGUACACGCCGCCAAAGACUAAUUACGAAGCGCCUGAUGGGAAGUACAUGGAUGUCACCAAAGUCUACACACAAUGAGUUGCGUAUAUGUGUUACUUGUGUAUUUUAUUUUAUUAUUUUUUUUAAUGGUGACAACUGAUUUCACCUGCUGGAUCAACAAAACAUUUUUAAAUUAUGCAAUAAAUAGCCGAUUUUGAAAACAAAUUAGAAUCUGUAAAUGUUUAGUGGAUAUGGCAAGUUUUCCAAAGCAGAAAUUGUUCUCGAUUAACUUUUAUUCCACUUUUAACCCAGCAAUGUGGAAUAACCCGGGUAAAAUUCCCAAGUGUGCAGCACUCAAAACUCAGUGGUGGUAUGUACAGUGCAUGAUAUUUUUACAGUUAGUUACAGCACCCUUUGUCCUCGACAG